AUGUUUCCUUAUCCCUUGUCAGGAAUCGCGAUGUUAAACGGAACAGACGUUUCCAAAGCACGGCAGGCCACAAUGGCAGCAUCGGCGUUCGGCCAGGAUGGGGACCUUUACUUUUCGGUGAGCCCCGGCGAGCAUCAGGUCGUCGAGGGAUCACCCGUGCGUCUCAGAUGCGAGGCGCAGCCGAGCUCGAGUGUCAAGUACUCGUGGAAAAUCGACGGGCAACCACUCGCCCCGAGUCCUCGGAGACACCAGGACGGCGGCGAUCUACGGAUCACGAGAGUCAACCGGAUCCUCGACAGCGGAGCCUUCGUCUGCGUCGCGACGCACGACGAGACUGGAUAUUCCAUCGAGAGUUCACCGGCCAAGAUCGACAUUCAAUGGAUCAGCGAGGCGAACGUGCAGCUACAGCAGCCGAAGCUACCCUCCGCGAUUCGCGUGGGAGACGAGGUUGAACUUCGAUGUCACGUCGACGGCUCUGGAGACAUGAAAUACGAGUGGUUCAAAAAUCGCGAGCCGGUGGUGAGAAGCGAUCGGAUCGAAGUCAAGAAGAAGAAGCUUCACGUUCACAUGGCGAUGCCCGAGGACAGCGGGAUGUACAGCUGUCUGGCGAAGAACGAGGCCGGUUCGUCGCCGAAAAUGGACAGCUAUCCGUUGACCGUGUCGGGGAACGAGACCGCGACGAUAAAGGUCGUCCCGAGGAACCUAAUCGCGAAACGGGGCGAACCCGCCGUCCUUCACUGCGUCUUCGAGGACGCUGACUCCGUUCAGUGGUUCUUCAAGGACAUAGGCCCGCUGGAAACCGACGACGAGAGGACCGUCCUCGAGAACGGCACUCUGGUGAUACGCUCCGCCGAGCACAGGGAUCAAGGAUUCUAUUCCUGUCACGGGGAGAGGGGAGACGUCACCGUCACCUACACGGUCGAGCUUCAAAUAGCUUAUUUAAUGAACCUCUCGGCUGCCUCGUUCGAGCCCCUGCUGCCGAACCAAGUGGCGGUGGUCGGAGAAGAUCAGGAGCUUCAGGUCAGCUGCUUGGAACCCUCCGGGCUGCCGGCUCCCAAGGUCUAUUGGAGGGAUCCCAAGGGACACAUUAUAAGCGAUUCCGGGCCUGUCCGCGUUCAGGAUAAUACGCUUAUCGUCGCGAAGGCUCGAAUGGGCGAGGACGAUGGCAAUUAUACUUGCGUCGCCGAGAAUAUGGCCGGGGAGACCGAUAUAUCCGCUCAAGUGCUCAUUUCCACUCCACCGUCGCUGAUCAGUUCCCCGGAGAGUCUGAACGCGAUGGAGGGAGAUUCCGUGACGUUGACCUGCUCGUACUCGGGCAUGGAACCGCCGGUGACCCAUGUCCGUUGGCUGAAGGACGGGGAACCAUUGAAAGAGAGCGGAGGACCGACGAGACAUCGUGUAACCGAUCACCACGGCAACGUGACCCUGCACUUGAAGAGCGCCGACCUGUCGGACAAGGGCACCUACGUGUGCGAGGUGUUCACCAAGGGUUUCUCGUCGAUAUUUUCGGAACCAGCCAGCCUGACGGUCAAGGAGAAGCUCAAGUUCUUGCCGCAACCGGUGGACAAACGGCUGGAACUUGGCUCGACGGCCAAAGUGCCGUGCAAGUCUCAGGGCGCGACCAAUCCGAUGGUGAAGUGGAUCAAGGAGGGCGCCGGUGAGGAAUUUCCGCGGCACGUGCAAGAUAUCAACGGGACGUUACAUUUCAACGGUGUCCUCGAGGAGGACAAGGGACGGUACACUUGCAUAGCCAGUAACGCUCAGGGAUCGAUCAAUCACACGAUCAGCAUCGACGUAGUCAUUGCUCCGAAGUUCACCAUACAACCGCAGAAUCCAACGGAAGCGAUCGAGGGCUACCCGGUGAUGUUGCACUGCGCCGCCGAAGGGGAUCCCAAACCGACCAUCCAGUGGGACAAGGACUCUCGCAUGAACAACCUGAAUAAUUCCCGUUUCGAGGUGUUGGCCAACGGAAGUUUGUACAUAAAGGAAGUUUACCUGAGCGACGAGGGAAAAUACGGGUGCACGGCGGGCAACAGCGGAGGAUUGAAGCGGGAGGAGGUGCAGCUGAACGUGAAAGUCGGCGACACGUAUAGAUUCGACAUGGAUUUGGAAAUGAGCGACGACAAAUCGAUGAUGACGAAAACGGUCAUAAUCACUCUGAGCGCCGCUGCGGCUUACAUGGUUCUGGUGGUGGGUUUGAUGCUGUACUGUCGGUACCGACGACGUCGCAGGAAGCAACAGUAUCUUCAGGAACAGGCUGAAGAGAAACUGGAGAACGGAGAAGUUCAGGAGGAGCAGACCGAGCUGAAGGAGACUGCUAACAGCAAGAUGAACUCGACGCAGAAGAAAAAGGAGAAUCGCGAUUCUCAAAACAAGAGCGACGGCGCUGACACGGCUCAGAGUCAGAGCAGCAAUCAGUCGAAGAAAUCCAAGUCGAACUACGACAAGAUCGCGGUGUCUCGAAGCAACCUGAAGGAUCUGAAACCUCUCGGCCGUGGCGAGUUUGGCGAGAUUUACGCUACCAAGUACCAAGUGGAGGGCGACAAGGAGAGCGUGGUGAUGGUGAAAAGUCUGACGAACACGAAAGACGAGAAUUCUCUGCAAGAGUUCAAGCGUCAGCUGGAUCUUCUGCACAAGCUGAAUCACGAGAACGUCGUGAAGCUGAUCGGUCUGUGCCGCGAGGAGGAGCCGGACUACAUGAUCCUCGAAUUCACCGAUUGGGGUGAUCUGAAGCAAUUCUUGAUCGCGUCGCGGAAGGACAACACCUCGAGCCCGACUCACGAAACUAAGGCUCCCCGGGCACCUCAACUAUCCGUUGCGCAGAUCAUCUCUCUGUCGAAUCAGGCGGCGAAAGGGCUGAAACAUCUCGCGGACAAUCGUAUGGUUCACAAGGACAUAGCCGCCCGGAACUGUUUGAUCGCCAGCAAUCUAACGAUCAAGAUCUCGAUGCCGUGCAUGACCAAAGAACCGUACCAGCAGGAGUACACGAAACACCGAAACCAAGUGAUACCCCUCAGAUGGCUGCCGUACGAGGUGGUUUACGAGGACGAAUACUCGACCAAGAGCGACGUCUACUCUUUCGCCUGUCUCGUAUGGGAAAUGUUCCACCAGGGCGAGCUGCCGUUCAACAAGAUGAACGACGAGUCCGUGUUGAGCGCCCUGAAAACUUUAACGCUCGUUUGGAAGCCGCACAAAGCGGCGCCGCCGGCUCUGCAAGAGCUUCAGACUCAAUGCUGGGCCAACGAUCCGCGGGAGAGACCGACCUUCGACGAGGUUGUCUCGAAAAUAGGUGAAAUUGUCGUCGACAGCUGUCUCUAG